AUGGAGACGAUCGCGCGCGACUAUCUAAGCCUGCGAGGGCUGCUGGCUCUGCCGUGGAUGCAGAUUCUUGAACCAGAGCUGCAGGCCGCGAUUGCCUCCCGACGACAAAUCCUGAUCGCAGCAGCGAGGGACGAGACCAACCUCUCCCCCGUAGCCUGCUCACUUGUCCGCGUGGCUCUAGCAACUGAACCCGACCACGCCCCUGUGUCUCUGGAUCCACAGGCACAAAAGCAGGCGAAGAGGCUCAGUCAGUUCGCGCAGUACUUCGCACGCGCGGAUUACCUCUCCGACCAGAGCAGCAUCGCCAUCAAGGCGGCAAUCCUCGAAGGCUCGUUCUACACCACUUUGUUACAGUCUAAGCGAGCUGCUUGCAUGUUCCCUAUGACCGAGUCCCCCGAGCAGGACAGGUAUCUCCAGUACAUCCCAGUGUUGAUUACCAUCCCCAGCACGACCUCGGAGGGCUGCUACACGCCGCAGUGGCUGUUCGACCUAGCGCAGUGGUCCAUGUACAUCUUCCUAGUGGACGAGUACAUGGAAUCGGUGGUGGUGCACUUUUCCACCGACGAGCUGGCGCAGUUCUGCGCGGGCCUGGAGCUCAUCCAUCCCUAUCCAGAUCCAGGAGAGUCUAUCAUCGGCGUGCCCCAACUCCUCUCCCAUCAGGCAGGCAAACAACCACUGCAAAAUGCAGCAGCGGCCCCCAACGUUCAAGCCGCACUCUCCGUCUACUACACCUGGGCACGGGAGAUGCUCAACUGGGACCGACUGUCGCGGUGCAGCGCGACCGACAUGAACGAGCUGCGUUCGGAGAUCAAGAAGUACCUCCUCUUCCACGCUCACCAGAUCCAAGAUAACCUCCGGCUGGCCGAUCAGCUAGGCCGGGCCCCGACGCAGAGCAAUACCGAAGCGUCCGUGGCGCGGUUCGAGUCGCCGCGCACCAGCUUCGCGACCUGGCUGCACAGUGUAGGCGCCGGCCAUGUCUCUGCCCCGGUCAGUCUGGCAUUUCUGGCCGCGUAUAUGGGCAGUUGGGUGCGGAACAGUACCAACGGCGAUGACCCGCAUCAGCGUCGCGACUGCUGGAGCAGCGUGAUGCAAAGGGUGCUGGCUCACGAGAUGAACCAGCACGUCGGCGCCUACUGCCGCCUGUACAAUGAUUACGGCUCGGUGCAGCGCGACCUGCGCGAGGGCAAUCUCAAUAGCGUGCACUUUCCAGAGUUCUGGACACACGAGAUAGCAGCUGAGAGCGAGCGGACGGGGACAGACGACUGCGUGGCCCGUCUCAAGGCCACUCUGCUGCAAGUGGGAAGACACGAGCGACGUAUGGCGGAGUCGCUCGGGGACGAGCUCUAUAACAGUCUCGAGGGGGAAGACAACGACCAAGGCUCGCGCAUCGCGGGCGCUUUGCGGGUGUAUUGUCGCAACGCAGAGCUCUUCUCGGAUCUGUAUCUCACGCGCGAUGUGACCAACUCGGUCAAAUGA